CACAUGCCGGGCUCCGAGCUGCAGCGCCGCGCCCGCCUUCUCUACUCAUGGCGGAAACACCCUUUGGCAGCAGCUCUAGAGCCCCGUCCAGACGUGCCUCGGGAGCGAGCCCCCGCUAUCUCUGGGGUGCCCACUGCAGCCUCGCGGCCCAGGCUGCCUGAAGCCACCAGUUCUCCUGGAGCUCAGCGGGUACGAGAAUCGGAGACCCUCACUGCAGCGUCCCCACCAGGGCAGGAGGUACUCCCAGCUCUGGCUGUCAGUCAGGAGCUGGAAGAGCCACCUGCCCCUUUGGUAGCCCCAGAACAUGAGCAGCCCCCAGCCCCAGCCUGCGGAGUCACGGAAGGGCUGGAACAACCACCUGCUGCAGCUGAGCAACCAGCCUCAGCACCCCAACAGCAGCUCAUGUCGGCUCCAGCCCCACAGGAUGAAUUCCCUGACCUUGUCAUUGCGUUGUCAUUUUAGUAUUGGGUAUAGAGGUAUUUAGUGUACUUAUGUACUAUUGCUUUAUACUUAAAACAUAAAUUAAGUUUCAAAAAAUUUACUCUGAUCCUGUGAAAUUACAACUUCAAGUGUCAGUAUGUACAUUCGCAGGAUUUUACACCCGUGACCACUAUGUACUCCUAAAAC